AUGCAGCGGCCCAACAGGGAGGCGCCAUCUGAUCCGCCGGCAUGGCUGCUUCCCACGCGGGCUGGGGAUGACUGGCUUGGGAGGGACGAAUCCCUGUCUCUGCGUUCGUUCCACCGCCCGGCCCCCUCCUCGACGGGCGGUUGCGCUAGCGCGGGGGUGGGGACCCAGGGCCAAGAGGGUGGUGGUGGCAGCGGGCUCGGCGAGCAAAGAAUAGAAAAAACAAUCGAAGACGGCAGGGCGGGAGUCUGUCUGGGCUCAAUGACGAAUUCGUGGUUGCUGGUAUCAACGGUGGCCGAGGAGGCGGGCGUGGGCAGGGUGUGGCAUUAUGCGCGGGCGCCUGCAGUCGCCGAUCAGCGCCCGCAAAACGUAAAGCUGGUGGAGGUCAUCACGUUGUCUGCCAUGGGUGCCUGCUCCAUGAGGGAUCUGGCCGCAGGUUUUGUGGUGGGCCUGGCAAUAUCUUGGACACCACCACCACCACCACCACCACCGCCCUCCUUUUUCUGCCACCGUCGCGGGGCCAAGGGCAAUAAACGCCCGUCUCCAGGCCUAGGCAGCGCCUGUGUCCCUUGGGCCCCGUACCUGGGCCUGGCAUACGUACCACCUGUCUCGGUGCCACCCCAGAACGGGGCUUUUAUCGAGCACGACAUGGACCACCGGGGCGGCUGGCGCUAGGGCCGCCGAAUAUGGCCAGCGCUUCGGCCGCAACAGCUGUGGCCCUUUCUUCCAGAUAGUGCGGCCGUCCCUCCUGGGCAAAAAGUUUCUAUUUACUCUAUUGCGUGUCACCCCCUCCCCUGGCAUGGGAUGACACCGCACCACUCUCGGGACACCUUCCGCUUGCCCAGAAGAGGAUAGAAAGAGAAAAAAAAUCUUGGUCUUCAUCGGCACUCCGCGGAGAAGCAUCCCGCCCACUUGCUAACAGGAUGCUGCGGGCGGGUAUUCGCUGUUGCCAAGUCCCGCACGCGGUCUCUGGGCGGAGCUGCACCGACAUCAAUAGCGCUUCCCCAGGACGAUACCACGCACACCCGCGUCCAUGACCGGCACAAAGCAGACACAUGCAACGUGGAGAGGGUCAUGAGGCCGUUAUUGGCGAUGUGAUGUAGCGCAACGCUGGUAGUCGCUGUCGGGUAGGGAGAUAUCCUUGGUCCUCCGUGACACUAAUAGUCCCGUGGGACGUGCUCCAAACACGCAGUCGCCUUGUCAGA